GGGAAUGUAAACACAGUGUACAGUAUACGGUGUUGGCAGGCUUACACUCGCAUACCUACAAUUUAACCUUAUGAGGGCUGUUAUUUACACAAAAUACGCAACAAUGAACUUUGGACUUAUAUAUUGUCGAACAUAGUUUACACUGUACUUCUUGUGACUUGGUUGAACACUUUUGGAUUCAUAAAAAACACAGUGGCACAAUAAAUCAUCUCGGAGGUAUUUUGUAAUGUUCUAUAUAAAUGGAAACGUGACACUACAUGUGUACUUUAAUAGUUCUACUUUUCUAAAAGGAACUAGCUAGCUUGUAACAAUGUUUAAAACGUUGAGCCGAUGGGGAUCCCAGGUCCGCUCCACUUUGAGUGUUGGAUUUAUUUCCAAUAUCUUCAGUAAAGGUGGGAAAGGAAGGAAGUACGGUGAAAUCAACGAUGAAACGGAGGAAAUAUUUAGUGACGCUCAUGAGGAAUUAGAAUCUGACGAUGAAAUCAUAGAUGAAGCAACUCACAGAGCAGUGAUAGAAGCUCAGUUAAACGUGCCUCCUUUAUCGUCUACAGGAACAGAGAGUACGGAUACGCUUAAGUCAAAUAGUGUAGACCAGACGGAUGGUUCUCUUAAUAAUCUCCUAGAUGAUAAACAAACAAAUGGUGCUGAGGGUUUUGAUGAGAUACGUCAGCGUCCCGAGGAUGCGAAUGUUGGUGAUAUAAAUCUCAAUGAUGUGACUGUUGGUGACAAACUUAAUGAAAGCGAAGAUAGAGUCACUGAAGGUAAAUGUAGUUCAGAAGCUGUCUUUGUUUUACCAGAUGGUGAGAAAACAGACGCUGAAGUGAAUGAAGCUAGCAAAGCAAACGGGUUUACCAAAGGUACAGCAGGUGAAAGUGACAGUUCCUCUGAAAAUUCUGACCAUGGGGAUUCUGACGACGAUCACCAUGAGGUUCAUCAUGACGACACGAAAAAGAUCGUCAAAUCAUCCGGACAAAACGGGACGCCGAAAUCCAGUUCAAAAACAAUGUUUCAGAAAGUUCAUAGAAGAGUUAACAGCUACACACAAAGACAGUACGCAAAGUUUGACAAUGGUCAGGACGACGAAAAUGACCGUGUAAUAUCUCCUGUGUCAGACACGGCUGAUACCAAGAAUGUUGCAGCUAACAAUGUGAAAGCAGACAAUGAAGCUAGCAAAGCAAAUGGGUUGACCAAAAGUACAGCAAGUGAUAGUGACAAUGACAGUUCCUCUGACGAUACUGACCAUGGGAAUUCAGACGACGAUCACCAUGAGGUCCAUCAUGACGACACGAAAAAGAUCGUCAAAUCCCCCGGACCAAACGGAAUACCGAAAUCCAGUUCAAAAACCAUGCUGCAGAAAGUCCACAGAAGAGUUAACAGCUACUCCCAAAGACAGUACGCAAAGUUUGAUAAUGGCCAGGACGACGAAAAUGACAAUGUGAUAUCUCCUGUGUCAGACACGGCUGAUACCAAUAACGGUGAAACUAACAAUGUUGUUGAAACUAGUCUUGAACAAACUGAUGGUGAUUCAAGUAAAAAGAAACAAAAGAAAAAGAAAAAGGCUGCUAAGAAGGCCCGCAGCGCAGUACGUCGAUCUUGGAAGUGGGUCCGUCGUGGAUGGCGGAUGCUGGCGGAGUCCCAGGGCUUUAUUGUGCCUUCCUUCAUGUCGGCCUUUCAGUCCACAAAAGCCUGAGUCCCGGUUGAUCGCGCCGUUUGGUUCUUCGACCUUUGAAGGGGGUCUGCCGCGGAUGGCACGGGUUUUAUUGUGAAUUCAUCUAAAUUGGCAUUCCAGUCGACAAAGGCCUGAUAUCCGGAAAAAAAUGGAACCAAGUUCUGACCUUCCGUUCAGUAUGAUUCUGUGGUCGCAGAAACAGAUGGUGACAUUUGAGUACGCUCGUAUGUAGUUGCGCCAUUUGGUUUGAAUUUGACCAGAUACAUUUUUUUUCAGGGCUAUCGCGUGAUGAUAAUCAGGAAGCUCAACUCACCGUAUAUUUUCAUGAAAUUUAGACAAGUGGUUGUAUUUUUUAUUGUGAAAGACAAAGUUUGCUGUUAUUUCACUAGUAUAUAGUGAUUGUAAUAUUGUAUAACUGACUAUGGGAGCUUCAGUUUGGAUAAUGGUUUAUGUGAGAGAACAUUAAUUCUAGUCCUGUACACAAAAUGCAAUUAAUUUUAUGUCAUUUUUAAAGUUUUUAUAUCCCUUUUAUGGUGUUUUCAUACAUCAAAAGUGUUUGUAUUUUUAUCAUGGUUAUACAUCUUUAUCACUUGUUUCAUAAUACCAAUAAAAUGUUA